AACCUUUACCAUCAAAAUCGAAAAGAGAAAAAGAUCACAACUACCACCCACAGCACUGCAACAGCCAAUGCAUUGACAUUAGAACUAGUAAAACAACCGAACAAGCCAACAACCAAACUCGAGAGGCUACGAAAACAAAGGAAAAAAUGGCCCUUAACUGAAUUAGUGGAGAAGAGAUAGCCGAGCGAGUCUGCCUUUCCUCCACCUCCGCCAGGUACUGAGCUAGUAGCUGUGAUCAAAUAAUUUUGAUUUUACGAAAAAUCUCAAUGAUGAAAGCUGAAUGUUUUAUCAAAGAGCUCAAAUUCAAGUACAGAGGGCAGGUUUUCGCACAUUUAAAGCGUAAUCAUUUUGUUGCUUUAAUCUCCCCAUUUUCUUCAACUAUUUGUCAAUUUCAUUCCAAUUCUAUGUUAAAUUAUAGAGUUAUCAACAAUAAACAUGAUUUUAGGGGGAGAAAUCAUCAGAAUGUAAGGACUGAGCAAGUGGGUUUUAGGAAAAUUAGGAAUUUGAAGCCUAAUUUGCGAACCCCAUCGUUGCAGAAGGAUGAAUUUGAUAAAACUGGGGGUAGGUUUGAUGGGAUUCGGCUUAUGGGUGUUGAGCAAAAUAGGAAUUUUAGGUCUAAUUUGCUAAUCCCAUCGUCGCAGAAGGAUGAUUUUGAUAAGAUUGACGGUGGUUUCAAUGGGAUAGGUUCUUUUGGGAGUUGUUUAAGUCAUUCCGUAAAUGAGAUAUCGUCUGAUGAAGAAGAAUCAGAUAUAGAUGGCACAAAUAGUAGACAGAAUUAUGUUGAGGAUGAAGAAUUUGAGGUCUUGGAUUCAUAUAAUAAGAACUAUCAGCAAGUUGGUGAUUGUGAUAGAAGAUAUGAAAUGGAUGAAAGUGAAUUAAGGCAUCCGUUGGUGAGAGAAAUUUGUAGGCUGGUUGGGCUGAGAUUGAAUUGGAACCCUGACCUUGAAAGCCAGAUGAAAAAUUUAUUGAGAAGCAUCAAACCAAGUCAAGUAUGCGCAGUUCUUCACUCUCAAGACGAUGAAAGGGUAGCUUUAGAGUUCUUCUACUGGGCUGACAGGCAGUGGCGGUAUCGUCAUGACUCAGUCGUGUACUAUGCUAUGCUUCAAAUUCUAGGCAAGACUAAAUUGUGUGAGGGUGCUCGGAGAGUUCUCCAUCUUAUGCGUAGGAGAAGUAUCCAUCGCACUCCAGAGGCUUUUUGUUAUUUGAUGAUUUCUUACAGCAGGGCGGAGAAAGUAAGGCAUGCAAUGGGGGUUCUUAGAAUGAUGCAAAUGGCUGGGGUUCAACCUAACCUAUCUACAUGUAAUACUGCCCUUCAUGUUUUAGUGAUGGGCAACAGGUUGGACAAAGCAUUUAGAUUCUUAAAGAGGAUGCAAAUUGUUGGAAUUGCACCGGAUGUUGUUACGUAUAACUGUUUAAUUAAGGGUUACUGUGAUGUUAAUCAGGUGCAAGAUGCCAUCAAGUUGAUUGAGGAUAUGCCUCUUAGGGGAUGUGCGCCUGAUAAAGUUAGCUUUUAUACAGUAAUAAAUUACUUCUGUAAAGGGAAAAACAUGGCUGAGAUACAGGUGCUACUUGAGAAAAUGAUGGCCUGUAACUUGUUGCUAGAUAUGGUCACAUAUAAUAAUCUUAUUCAUAUGCUUUGCAAGUAUGGACACAGUGAUGAAGCUUAUGAAUUUUUAAAAGAAGCACAGGAGCGAGGAUUUCGGAUGGACAAAGUUAGUUAUACCGCGUUGGUUCACUCUUUAUGCCGUGAAGGAAGGAUAGACAGAGCAGAAGAAAUUGUUAAUGAGAUGUUGGAGAAGAAUUGCAUCCCAGAUGUAGUGACUUACACUGCUGUUGUAGAUGGGUUUUGUCGAGUGGGGAGGGUGGAUGAGGCUAAGGAAAAGCUUCAGCAAAUGUACAAGAAUGGCUAUAAACCAAACACUGUAUCAUACACAGCCUUGCUAAAUGGUCUUUGUCAUAUCGGUCGCUCUUCAGAAGCUCGGGACAUGAUGAAUAAGAGUGAGGAGGAGUGGUGGACCCCAAAUGCCAUCACAUAUAGUGUUGUGAUGCAUGGUUUCCAAAGAGAAGGACAAUUGUUCGAGGCAUGUGAUGUGGUUAGGGAGAUGAUUACGAAGGGGUUUUUUCCAUCUGCUGCUGAAACCAAUUUGUUGCUCUUAUCUCUCUGCAGGGAAGGAAAAACAGAUGAGGCUAAACGGUUUAUGCAAGAGUGUCUGAGCAAGGGAUGUGACAUUAACGUUAUAAACUUUACAACUGUUAUUCAUGCACAUUUUCAGAAGGAUGACAUGGUGGGAGCUCUUUCGUUACUUGAUGACAUGUAUUUGGUCAACAAGAGCCCCGACAUCGUGACAUAUACAACAAUUGUUGAUGCAUUGGGCAAAAGAGGAAAAAUUGAAGAGGCUACUGAUCUUAUAAAGAAAAUGCUGGGGAGGAGCAUACUUCCAAAUCCUGUUAUGUACCGAAUGAUAAUUCACCGCUAUUGUCAGAAUGGCAGGGUCGAAGAUUUGUUAAAGCUAUUGGAGAAGUUGCUGCCUAAGCAGCCCUACCAGACUGCUUAUAAUCAAGUCAUAGAAAAGCUUUGUAGCUUUGGAUACAUAAGUGAAGCUUACAACCUUUUGGGUAAAGUUCUGAGAACGGCUUCAAGGAUCGAUGCUCAGUCUUGCCAUGUGCUCAUGCAAAGUUAUCUAAACAGAGGAAAUCCUCUUUUGGCAUACAAAGUUGCUUGUAGGAUGUUUAGGCGGAAUUUAAUACCUGACUCAAAGUUAUGUAUAAAGGUAAACAAGAAACUAAAAUUAGAUGGAAAUAUUAAAGAGGCAGACAGUCUUAUGAUCCAUUUUGUUGAGCGUGGCCUUCUAUUUCCUUGUUGAAUAACUUGCUCAACUGCCAAGGACUUUCCUGUGUGUGGAUGAAGUUCUGAAAGGCUUUGUUUAAGGAGCCAGUUCUCAUUUUCUCCGACCACUAUUUUAGUCAAGGUGAGAUAAGUUUAUGAGUUACUCUUAUCUACCUUUCCGCUUGCUUUAGUCAGUCUUAGUUAUUGUCUGCCAUAUACCUAUGUGUGCUUGUGUUUCCUUCUCUAUUAAUAAUAUUAGUCUGUUUAGUAUC